UAUCAUCCCUGGCUCUCUUGCACGCCAGGGUUCAACUGUCCCGAAGCUGAGAUUUCAUGAUGCAGCCCAGCAUUAAGUCUACCCAGAGUGAGAGAGGUUACUCAAGGUCAAAGCCAGACGUUCACAUGGGUGAAUCGGGAAGAUUUUAUUCUCGACCGUCAGCUACCUGCAACACCUAUAAACACCGUGUACUGCGAUCAGCCAAGCGCUCAGCUACAGAUCAGUUGCCAUUUCCGCACAAAGAGCGACGACAAGACGACAGUCACGACGGUCGGUCUGUUCACAAAGAAUGCUUCAAACACAUGAGCAGGGUCCAAGAAAAGCUUUUCAGAGCCCUGGAGGACCAGGAUCAAGAGCGAGUAGAGAGUGCCCAAAUCAUACAGCGACUGCAGAUGGAGAAGGCGGAAGAAAUGACGAAAUUAAGAAAGGCACUGGCAGACAAUGAGAGUCUUUCAUGCGAAGCCAAAAAUUUGCAGGUGGAAGCCAGUCAGUUGCAGCAGCAGCUUGAAUCUUUCAAUUCCGCCGUGCAAGGCCAAGUGGCAUGGAAUGAUCUCCAACCAGCUCUGUAUCAAGCGCAUGGUGACCUGAUAGCAGCGGCCACGCAAUUCUGGAGAAAUAUGGAAGCCAUUCAGAACCGACAGCUAGCAACCUAUUUGCCAGGGUCUGGAGUGGUGGAUGCAGCAUGGGCCGGUCAGGUCAGCGCACAAGGUCCCAUCGUCCCUACGUCAUUGCCAGAAAUUUCAGAACUGGGUGAAUAACUUACUCUUUCCUACCUCAGCAAGCGGCGACAUCUGCAGAUCAGAACCCGCGGAUUGCGUUAGAGUAAAAGGCUUGGGCCGCCGUGCGACUGUUUCCUGCGUUAUAUUUUUGAUAUAUUUUUGUACAAAG